AUGGUGCACGCCGAUGCGUCCAACUUUGCGGACGACGUCACCAAGGACGACGCCUACGAGCAGGUGCUGCUCCAGACGGAGGGACUCUGCACAGGGCAGCGCAAUUGGGACGGGCAGGUCUGCAACCUCGCCAACGCCGCCUCAUUACUGUGGCACGCCUACAAGAGCUUGCCGGCUCCGAGUAACGCGGUGAACUGGGCAGGCUUCUACGUUCUUGACAAGUCGUCCUCGGAGCCACAGCUCAUUCUCGGCCCGUUCCAGGGCAAAGUCGCCUGCCAGACAAUCGACUUUGGCCGCGGCGUGUGCGGCACGGCGGCAUCCACGCGGCAGACGCAACUGGUGGCCGACGUGGAUCGGUUCCCGGGCCACAUCGCCUGCGACGGCGACAGCAAGAGCGAGAUUGUCGUGCCCAUCCUGGCCGACACGGACGGGAGCGGCAAGAAGAAGGUGGUGGCCAUCAUCGAUGUGGAUUGCGCGGCCUUGAAUGGUUUCGACGAGCUAGACAAGAAGCAUCUGGAGGAGCUGGCCGAGUUGCUCGGCAAGAGCUGCGACUGGUAG